GGCUCAUAUAGCCAUAUAGGCUAUGCCUGUAUCUCAUUUGGUAUCUAUAUAAAGUACAUAACAUUGUGUUAUGUUUUGGAAAUUCUGGUUCUGAACGCCGACAUUAGAAGGGCAAUGUUUUCAAAACUAGGUGGUGGAAGUUGUGAUGGCGAAUUAAGACCUGACAUCGCUGAAUGCUCAGAUAAUGGAACCUCUAACAGGUAGUCAAUAAAACUGCCAAAACUGGAAAAUUAAAUUUUAUGUAUUUUGAAUUUUAGAAUGUUAUUAAUACCAUAAUCAAAUAUGACUAGAUAAAUAUUCUUCAAGUGAUUCACGUUACGUUCAAACAAAUUUUGUACAAACAAAGGUUUGUUUCCAACAUAAUUGAAUAUAAUUUGGCAUAUUUUUGUCAAACUGAGUACAGACUGAUACGUUAAUAGGUAGACUGUCUCUGCACCUGACUGGAAAAGUUUGGAAAUUAUGCACUCGAGAUUUCACAUAGAGAAAUCAAAACUGUGUGUCCAAGAUCUUUGUUGUGUGAUACAAACUUUUCCCAGUGGUCCCAACAAAACUGCCAUGCACUUGCCUUUCACUGCUAUUAAAGGUCGCAGAUCCAAAUCUCAGUGAGAAAGUUCUCAAUGCGACUCGAACCCAGUCCUCAUGUGGAAAGAGUAAAAAGUCAACGCUCUGCUGAAAGUCGUGGGUUUUCUCCGGGUACUCCGGUUUCCUCCCACAGGGAAAGUUGAGAGGGUGGGUUAUCAGUCAAUUCCAGCGGUUUAUGUGUGAUAUACCAAGUCACGGGUGACAUCACAAGUCAAGAGUGACGUCACACCAAUAGGAUUUAAUCAGGAUCAGUAUUCAGCCCGGGGGUGGGGACUUAGACGUUUUCCAUAAUGGCGAUUGGUGGACUAUAACAUGGCAGAUUUCGCUGGAAAAGAUACUGAAUUUGUUUGCAAAUGGCUUGAUACUCAUUCUUUGAGAUGGUCUUUCAGUACCAUUGUCUUUGAUCAUUGAUGAAUAAAUCCUUUGUCUACAUGAAAUAGUUUUUCUCCUUCAAUGGACAAAGAUCACUAUAAAAAAUUAUCUGUGAGUACAUCACCAACCGUCAGCGACAUACGAAACCUGUCCGGACGCGAUAUACGACAACGCGAUGUGAUUUUUUAGGCAGCGUUUACACUGUACCGUUUUCGUAGCGUUCUCGUAUUGUUCUUAAUCCUCAAGGGAACGCAAGACAAUCUAGUUCUCUUGAACAAUACGAGAACGCUACGAAAACGGUACAGUGUAAACGCUGCCUUAGUUUGUGAAAGUUAAUAAAACAGCCAAUGAGAGCAAAUUUUAAAAGAUAUGUAGACCAAAUAAUUCAAAAUGUUAUAACGCUUCUAAAUAUUUGGAAAGUUUAAACUAGGAUCAAAGUUAUCGAUCAGUGAAAAUCGAAGAAUCGCAUCCGGUGUGUAUAUUUUCAAAGGUUGACAUUAAUAUUAUCAUAGGUCUAGCCAGAUGAGCAGAAGUUAGGGUUGAGAAUUACAGUGUUGCAGUAAUAUAAAGCAUUUUUAUCCUUGGUGUAGAACUUCUUUUUUGUACUUUGCAUUUAUAUUGUCCAUAGGCAUAGGAUUAUAACGUGCAAAUCAAUGUGUACUCUAAACAGUCAAAUAUAUUAUUGUCUGGGGGUGGGGAUAUAGGCCCAAUUAGUUUGCCCAGGGGUGGGGCUUUAGCACCAUUCUUUCCCUGGGGUGGAGACAUUUUCUUUCCAGAAAUAGAAAGGCACUGCUGGAAUUGACUGAUACAUUAGGUAAAAGGGCCCACAGUAAUUGGCAUAUGCCAUUCUGGUGACCCUGCCCUAGUUGGCAAAGCUAAAUAAAUAUUAUUAAGGUAAUUCUGCAGUUUUGCAUUGCGCAUUUGUACUGCGCACAUCUUAUAACUUAUAAUUUCAUCCAUUAUAUGUACCGUUUAAAACAAAAUAUCAUUUUAUGACAAUUUUAUGUCACUUCAAAAUAUCUUUGAUUACAUUUGUGCAAAGAAUUAUGUUAAAAUCAAUGUUUUCUGAAAAGGCAUACAAAAGUGUAGCUAGGGUUCCCUGUGUCUGUAGUAUAUUUAUUUACUUGUAUGUCACGUUUUAACGCCACAAUUCCCUAAAAUGAUCGGUGACCCCCGUUUUUUAACUGAUAAUUUAUUUCUUUAAUGCAUUUUACAUUUCAUAUCUGAAAUUAAAAGAAAAAUCAUUUCUGGAUCUUGAUCAAAAAAGCUUUAUCAAUGCAUGUUCUCAAUAAAAGAUAUGUAAAGAAAUGUGCAAAAGAUAUUUGUGGAUCAGAAUUGUACACGUUAGUAGUUUCAUUUUGCUCAAAACACAAUAUUUUUUCAAAAAUAAUUACAAGAUAGGUUUACUAAAGCAAAAUACACACUAAAAACGUCAAUAAAUAUCGGGCUGUUGUGAGUUUGCUGUUACUCGUAAUGAGCGUCAAGAUGGCGCCAUAUUGGGGUAAAGUCUAUGGGUAAAGGUUGUAUAUUGUGAUUGUCAUAUCUUCUUAACGAGUUCGGUGACCCCGACUUUUUUUGUGUGAUUUUACUUCAAGUAUAUCAUAAACUCCAUGCCUGGGAAGUUUCAGCACAUUCUCAUUUCGGAAACAAUUACUGCGGAAUUACCUUAAAUAAAUUCUGCAAAAUCUGUUGCAUUUGUGUAAAGAUGGUUUAUGUUUAAUUAUUUACCAUUAGUGGAAUUUUAAAAUAUUUUCCUGUGAUUCAGAUCCUUUUAUCUUUAUGUGAUUUAGAGCCUCUUACAGUAUCUUUAUAAUUUAGAGCCUUUCAUUCAUUGAAUAAUAUGGCUAUAAUAUAUAGUAUGAGUCUAUGACAUUGACAUCACAAAUAACAAGAUAAUUAUAAUGAUCUUGAAGGCCAAGGUCUCACUUGGCUUAGCCCCUGCCCUCCCCCUCCCCUCCCCAAGAAUUUCUGUAUAAUAUUGUGAUUUAUAUAUAAUAUAAGUAUACCUGUAGGUGUGAAUUAGUUUCUUUACUUGAAAAAAAAACCCAACAAACAAUCAUCUGAAAAACUCGCUCAAUGCUCAACGUUUUUCCAAAUUUAACUUGAAAAAUGUACUCACUUCCACACUUUCACUUUCUGGAAAACAUUGAUGUUAAUAACCAGGUUUUUGUGGCAAGCAGUGUGAGCCAGGAUGUCUGCACAAUACUGUAGUAUACCAGAGAUUAUUCAUCUUAGUACAUUAAUAAUUAGAUCACAUUAGUACCCUUGUGCCGGGUUUAUGUCCGGAACGGUGCUCAAACCAUUGACUCAGAAUUAAAAGCUUGUUUUUUCCCCAUGGUUACUGUAUAUUGCAUUGAACACUAAGUGAUAAACAAGAUGAAUACCAAAUGUGGAUUGUGAUCUCUGGAUAGUAACUAGAUAGAAGCCAGAAAGCAAUUGCAGUUUUAAACAUUAGACUUCAAACAUUAAUAUCAUUGACUAGCCUCGAUCCUCCUCAGGCUUAUGUUCUCCCCAUUCUGUACUCAAACAGAAAUUGGUAAUUUUCAAGAGCUGCCUGCGGAAGAGGCUAAUUAUCAAUAUGAUUGACUGGAAUCAAUAUAUACACAAACUACUGUGUGUCUACUAAAUAUUUACUUGGCAGUGCAUACUUCAGUUUGCCUCCUUGUACCCAGGUUCUUUCCUUUGAUGCUGCAGGGGGAUAGGAGCAUCAGAAUGGCCUGGGUAUGAGGUUGUUUUGCCUCAUGGUUGUCUUAGCAAAGAUUUUAACUAUUUGAGAAACCACAGUUUCAUACAUGCUUCUGGAAAGUAUGUCAUCUUGGCUAUAGAGCCUAGCUUGUUUUUGUGAUUGAGAUGUCAGGCUAAAACUAAUGUCACCCACAGGAAAACAAGGUUCUAUAGCCAGAUUCUAGGUGACACACAUUCUAGGUGACAUGCAUUCCAGAAAGAUGUAUUGAAUGCAUUUCACAAAACCAUUGUAUAUAUGGAUCAACUGCGACCAUGGUUAGCUGUUCUUAUUGCUUUCCCAACACUAUCAUGUAUUUAUUUAAGUUAAAACAUAGUUGGAACACUUAUCAAACUUUAUUUUGUUAAUCUGGAGCUUGAAAUAUCUCCUGUAACAAUUUGUGGCUGUCAACUCUCAUCAUGCAAUGCAAUCAUUCUUGUUUGGCCGGGGCUUAACAAGUGUUUUUGAUUACAUAUGCAGAGUUGAUGUACAAAAUUCUUAAUGAGCAGUCCGCUCCAAGUCUUAGAGAAAAAUUUAUAAAAAUUAAAGAUCUUAAUAGAGAAUAUAAUCUUCGAAGUAAUGAUACUGAUCUAGCACUUCCAAAACCUAAAACAAACUAUCUUAAACGAAGUUUUAAGUAUAGUGAUGCAAUGCUGUGGAAUAGUUUUCCUUCUCAGACGAAAAAGGCAUCCUCGCUUUACCAAUUUAAAUGCAGUAUGCCCACUAUACCGGAGACUAGGAUGUGAGUUACGAUAGUUUGUAAGUAUAACAUGCCCCAUCUGAAAAUCAACUCAUUGUAUUUUUACAAAUAUGUUGUGUAUGGCCAGCGUGGUUAAAUAAAUUUUUAAGUAAGUAUGUAUGUAAGUUCCCAAUAUAAUGUGGUGGUUUCCAGAUGUCUCACCAUGAUGAUUUUGAAAAAUAAAUUAAUAUAGACCAUAAUAGAGUAGUUUUGGUCAGCUGUGAUAAACAGGAAAUAUAUUGGGUUAUAAUUUUCAGCAAUAACCAGCGAUUGUCUACGCUAUAGACGGCAAAAAUCCCUGGGCGCUGGCUUUUUUGGGGAAACCUGUAUAUGGCAUCCCACCACUGGCCACCAGGCACACGACGUUUCAACGUUGAAAUUUGGUAGAAAAAAGGUUGCGACGUCGACAACCUAAUAUCUACGUUGCUCUGACGUUGUUUUACAAACAUUGGUUCAACAGCAGCCAACAGACGUUGAAUUAACGUUCAUUCAUGGUUAAAUGUACGACGUCGAUUUGUGAACCAAUCUCAACGUUGUUUUAACGUGGAUUCAGCGUUGAAUUAUGGUUGACGAGAUUAGCAACCUAAUUUCAACGUUGUUUCAACGUCGAAACAGUAACGUCGAUCCAAUUUGCAUAGUCAACCCUUUUUCAACGUCUAUCCAACGUCUGGAAGGUCAUUUCCAACGUUGAUUCAACGUUGGAUAAACGUCAUUUUUCCCGCUGGGAUGAUUUGAGAUGUUAGUGAAUAAGUGAAUCUCAUACCUGGGCUCUUUCUUUUAUGUUUCAUGAUACGAGUCUUGAGUUAACAUCUCUAUAUUCAGAAGUUUAGUAAGCAUGAAACAGUGCUGUAAGAGUUACAUGCACAAAUAAGGAACUGCUGCAGUAGUUUCCGGUAACAAGUUACACAUAAAAGAAUGUAACUGGUUACCGUUACAACGUUACUUCACAAAAACCUGCAAGAUCAGAAAAGUAACACGUUAUCGUUCCAGUUUAAGCCAAAAUAUGACUAGUUACAGUUUCCUCUUUUCAAAACGUUACGGUUACUACUUAAAAAAGUAACGAUUACUUGUAAUUUGGUUAAUUGUAACGAAGUUACUUCCAGCACUGGCGUGGAAGGUCCUAAUGAAGGGCCAGACAUGAACCAUGCCAGGUUGUGACAUUCCUUGCAUUAUAGCUAUUUAUUGAUUUCAGAAAAUUGGCGUUUCAAAACCUUCUUCGGAGAUACUAUCAUCAAGUGACUCAUGGUUGUGGCAAUGCAAAAUGUGAGAAUAAAUCUUGUGCUCAAAAUAGACCUGCACCUGUUGGCAAUGAUGAAGGAGCUGCUAUUGCUUUACAAUUGGUCAAAGAAAGAGCAAAUCUUUGUGUUGGAGAACUUCCAAAAGUCAGUGAGAAACAAAAAGAACCUCCAAAAGUUCAAGGUAAACGAUGAAAUAAAUAGAAGCAUGAAAAUUAUUUUGACAUAUCAGCAGCAUAUCGAUAAUAACGAACACUUUUGUAUGUGUUUUCACCGACCAUCCACGCCAAUACGAUGGAAAACAGAUACCUUCAUCAAUGGAAAAGGAGCUUUUCGAAAAUGACCCUAUUAUGAGCGAAGAUUGUAGAUCAUACACUGUACCUCGACGAACAAUACAUAAGAAUCUACGUCUGUCUCUUUUUCCUUGUCUUCCUGUAAGAUUUCUCGGUCAUAUAACGACGAAAUGAGUACAUAAAACUGAAAAUAAUAAAAACGUGUCCUUUUCUAAAUGAAGUUGUGGACAGUCGAAAAUAUCCAACAACGCUAGUGUAUCAGAAACCAAUUAGGAAUACAAAAUGGAUUAGUGUGGACCUAACCUUAAAAAUAACGUCACAUGUAUAGCAUUGUAAACCCCAUAAAAAUUAAUAAUGAAUGAAUAAUGAAAACGCUAAUAAUUUCCGGACUGGAAGGUUCUGGUUUUGGAAGAAAUCAAUUCACUGCGCAAAAAUUCUUGCAAUUAUGAAGAUCUGCGCAAAAGUCCUUAAAUUGUAAAAAACUGCAAAUAAGUUCUGAAGAAUCUGCAAAAAUGCCUUUUGAAUGAAACAUAUUUCUGAUCUUCCUAUUUGACCAAAUCACUUUCUGACUGCAGCAUCCCCUGGUCUGACGUAAAUCUUUUGGGAAAAUAUGUGACAUUCUGCGCAUUUUUCUCAAGGAAAAAUAUUUCCUGCGCAAAAUAAAGCACUACUGUGUUUAAUGUAACUCUUCUUCCAAUUCUUCUGUACGUGAAUGAGUUGUAUUGAAUAUAGUCAAUAUGCAACACAGCCGCUCAUUUUGUAAACAUUACUAAUUAUUUAUAUAUUUCUUUAUACAGAGAAGGAGGAGAUAUUUCUGACAGAAGAAAAACUUGACGAGGUUAUAACUUCGUGUGAGCAAGAAAACAAUUUUAAACCGUUAGUUAGUUUACUCGGAGAUGUCUUUACUAAAUCAGCAUCACUAAAUAAUAGUUUUCCUCUGCAGUCAAACAACGACGAAGGUGUUGAUCUCAAGUCUGUAAAGAAAAUGUAUGAAACGUUGUUUAACCUGCAGAACUCUGCCAUUGAAAAUACGUUAAUAAACUCCUUAGGAACAUUGUCGACAGACAUCGAAGUUGAAUUGAAACGCAAAGCGUAUGUUGUUAAUAAUACGAACUAUUUCAAACAAUUCAUAAUAAUUUUCGAAAAUCCUUAUUUGAAUCAACCGGAAUAUUUAGAAAAUGCACUACCCUGUUUCUGCAAAGCAGUAUCCUUACUUCCUCUUAACAUUCAAGUACCACUGGUACAAGAGUGGAGCAAACAUUCGAGAGAUUCUUUAAGAAAGAAAGUUGAAACAGUUCAGCAUCUUAUAACACUUCGUGUGAUAGAUGGCCCUUCAUCAAAUUCUAUUUCUAGCACAGUUAAUGAAGAUCCUGUCAUAGCUCAUGCAACAAAAUGUUUGAAACUAUUUUAUUAUGCUUCACUUCUGGGAGGAAAGUUUGAUAAGUUAAGCUCAACGGAAGAACCUAUGGCUAUGGAUGUUGGCGAGUCUGAUGAAGACGCAACCUUGGUGAAAAGACUUGAAUUGGAUGUGCUAGACUGUCGAGAACCGUUACUGCCAUUUGACGAGUUUAUUAACGAUCCAUUAAAUGAAGAAAUAGCUGUAGAUCGUGAUUUUACCUUGUAUAAAACAAAAGAAGGUUUUUCUUUUAUGGAAUGUAACUGUAUUUUAACAACUCAUAUAAAGAGUGUGUGGAUGGUUUAUGAUAAUCGUGUUCAUAUGUUGCAAGAAAGACGUCUCACGCAUAUAUAUAGUUUACUACGAGGUCAGCAACCAACACCGUAUCUCAAGUUAACAGUGCAAAGAGACAAUUUGAUUCAGGAUGCUCUAGUCAAUGUAAGUUUAAAUUAUUACUAGUCGUACUUCAUUGCCCA